AUGUGUUGCGGAAGCUGCGUUGGUCAAGCGCGAGUGGCUUCGUUAGGGUUUAACAGUUGGGUUGGGGUUUGGGUAUACUGCCUAAGGGACAAAGGCCUCACGACGCCCUCUGUCUCCGGCACCGAACCUCAGCAUUCAGCUAGCCGGAGCACCCAUUACAAUCCUGCUCAGUACAAGAAAUGCCUCCGAAAGCUUCGAAAUCCAAGGAAACUCCCGCAGAACGGCCUAUUCUCGGUCGUUUUUCUUCUCAUCUCAAGAUUGGAAUUGUUGGAUUCCCUUUUUGCACUAUUGAACCUAACGAAGCUAGAGUACAUGUGCCAGAUGAGCAGUUUGAAUGGCUUUGCAACUUAUACAAACCUAAAAGCGAGUGCCGUUCCAAAGAUCAUAAAGAUUGGGUUCUCGUCGAUCAAUCUCAUAUAUUUCUUCACUGCAGGUCCUGAUGAGGUGAAAUGCUGGCAAAUUAGACGAUAGACAAAAGUCCCUGAACCUGCUGGGACAAUUCAUACUGAUUUUGAGAAAGGGUUCAUUUGUGCUGAGGGUUUGAAAUUUGAAGCAUAAGGUAUAAGAAUGUGAAAACUUCUCCCUAACAGACACGUUUUCUUGAGGGAAAAUCUGGAAGGGAAAGCCGAAAUAGGUGAUGGGCUUGGGUCGUUACAAAUGUUAUCAGAGCUAGACACCGAACGAUGUGCCAACGAGGAGGCUAAGCCCCAAAGGGAGGUGAAUGAGGUAGUGUGCCAGGCCCCAAAGGGGGUGGAUUGGGGGGUCCAUCGAUUGGAGAAGAGAACGAGUGCCAGCAAGGACGCUGACCCUCGA